GGAAAGAUUCUGUCCUCUGUCUUUGGUUCCGAGCCUUCGGAGUCUUCUUCUUCUUCCUCUUCUUCGUUUUCGGGUUCCGAUGCUAUUUCAGAUGAUGUUGAUGACAAUGAGAAUGAUAAUUAUGUAUCUUCUCAGGGGGCUGAAAAUUUUGCAAAGCCCAAUUUACAAGCUUGAUUUACAUAUAACCCUAGCAGGAGAACAUUUCACUCAGUCUCUCUUUUGCUUGUCGCUUCUUGCAAUUGCAAAUUGCAAAUUGCAAAUUGCGAAUUUGGGAAUUGGGAUUCCUCAUUCCUCUCUCGGUCGGCGUCGGUCUCUCCUCUCCAGUCAGUCUCUGAGUCUCCUCUCCUCUAGUCCUCUGCCACACUCUUGCUUAAACUCUGCCCUCAUCUCCACGGAUCACUAUGAAUCGGUGCUUCCCUUCAGCUCUCAACCUCUCACCGACUCACCAUACUGUCUCUCGGUCGGUCUGUCCAAUCAGUCUCUGAGUUUCCUCUCUUCUAGUCCUCUGCCACACUCUUGCUCAAACUCUGCCCUCAUCUCCACGGACCUUCACAGUGAUUCCCUUCGGCUCUCAACCUCGCCGUCACUACAACCCUUGGCCCUUGCUGCCCUGCAACGCUCGCCGCUCACCUCCAGCUGAGCUCCAAGGCUGCCGCUAGGUCAUCUC